UGCCGGCUCCCUCAGCGUUCUCUUAUUUCCGUUAAAACUAUCCGAGCGCGCGAAGCAAGGGCAGAGUGAUCGUUUCAUCCUUCGCCUGCCGCUGGGGUGCUGGCCGCUGGAAAGCGGAGGAUCGGGAGGGCGGCAGUAGCUCCCCUUCCUCCCUUUGCGCAGUCACCUCCCCCUACGCCUCCCCGCGAGUGGAUUCUCCUUGCGUGUUUCCCGCCGCCCGAAGUAGUUUUUGUCGGCGGCGCCUGGCCAGCGCUCGUCUUCAGAGUUGUCACGGUAGCGACAGCUUUCCUUUUCCGCCCUCCUCUGCUUGCGCUCUCCCGCCUCCCGUCCCUCUUCUCCCCGAGAGCCAUGGGGCUUCUGUCGCAGGGCUCGCCGCUCAGCUGGGAGAAGACGCAGCGGCACGCGGAACACGUGCGCAAACACGGCAUCCAACAGUUCUUGUACAUCUACCGAGCCGUCGGGGAGAGACAUAAGGACGUGCUCAAGUGGGGUGACGAGGUGGAGUAUAUGUUGGUAGCUUUUGACCAUAAAAAUAAGAGAGCACAGUUGUCAUUAACUGGAGAAGAAGUACUUCAUACUUUGCAAGAAAAGGGUGAAAGAAUAAAUCCAAACCAUCCAACAUUGUGGAGACCAGAGUAUGGAAGCUACAUGAUCGAAGGGACUCCUGGGCAGCCAUAUGGAGGAACAAUGUCUGAAUUUAACACUGUACAGGACAACAUGAAGAAGCGACGUCAGGAAGCUGCUUCAGUACUGAAAAAAGAUGAAGCUGUUUGCACUGUCACAUCAUUUCCAAGAUUAGGUUGCCCAGGAUUUACAAUACCAGAGUGUGAUCCAACACCUGUUGAGACAGGAGCCUCCAAGUCUCUUUUCUUCCCAGAUGAAGCUAUAAACAAACAUCCCAGGUUUAGUACUUUAACAAGAAAUAUUCGUCAUAGAAGAGGUGAAAAAGUAGUUAUAAAUGUACCAAUAUUUAAGGACAAGAAUACUCCAUCACCAUUUAUAGAAACAUUUCCUAAUGAUGAUGGUGAAGCAGCAAGAGCAGCUAAGCCCAAUCAUGUAUAUAUGGAUGCCAUGGGAUUUGGAAUGGGCAAUUGUUGCCUUCAGGUAACAUUCCAGGCCUGCAGCAUUUUUGAAGCAAGGUAUCUUUAUGAUCAGCUCGCCACAAUCUGUCCCAUUGUGAUGGCUUUAAGUGCUGCAGCUCCUUUUUACAGAGGCUAUGUGACAGAUAUUGAUUGCCGUUGGGGAGUAAUAUCUGCAUCAGUAGAUGACAGAACAAGGGAGGAGAGGGGUCUAGAGCCAUUGAAGAACAACCGUUUCAGAAUCAAUAAAUCCAGAUACGAUUCCAUAGACAGUUAUCUCUCAGAAUGCGGUGAAAAGUACAAUGACAUUGAUUUGACAAUAGAUAAAGAAAUCUAUGAGCAUCUAGUAAAAGAGGGCAUCGACCAUCUUUUGGCACAACACAUUGCUCACUUAUUUAUUCGUGAUCCAUUGACUCUGUUUGAAGAAAAAAUACAUCUGGAUGAUGCAAAUGAAUCUGAUCAUUUUGAGAAUAUUCAGUCAACAAAUUGGCAGACUAUGAGAUUUAAACCUCCUCCUCCAAAUUCAGAUAUUGGAUGGAGAGUUGAGUUCAGACCAAUGGAGGUCCAGUUAACAGAUUUUGAAAACUCAGCAUACGUUGUGUUUGUUGUACUGCUAACUCGAGUCAUUCUCUCAUACAAAUUGGAUUUUCUCAUUCCUUUGUCCAAGGUGGAUGAAAACAUGAAAGUAGCUCAGAAACGAGAUGCUGUUCGGCAGGGCAUGUUUUAUUUUAGAAAAGACAUUUCUAAAGGUGGCAAUGCUGUAGUGGAUGGAUAUGGCACAGCUCAAAAUGGUACAGAAACAGAUGUGGAAGAAUAUACCUUAAUGAGCAUAGAUACAAUAAUUAAUGGAAAGGAAGGAGUAUUUCCAGGAUUAAUUCCAAUUUUAAACUCUUACCUUGAAAAUAUGGAAGUGGAUGUGGAUACAAGGUGCAGCAUUCUAAACUAUCUGAAACUAAUUAAAAAAAGAGCAUCAGGAGAAUUAAUGACAGCUGCUAGAUGGAUGCGAGAAUUUGUUGCAAACCAUCCAGAAUACAAGCAUGAUAGUGUGAUCUCAGAAGAGAUGAACUACAGCCUGAUGUGGAAAUGCAACCAAAUUGCACAAGAGCAAGCCGAGUGUCCUGAGCUGCUUGGAGUAGGCUUAAAUAAAGUAAAAUACAGUGGAAUUAAAACUUCUACUUCUUAAUGACAAGUUUUAAUUUAAUGUGAAAUCUGUAAAAUAUCUAAAGGAACCCUAGUCACACUACUGGUGAAUCCUGCAGUUCCAUAGUGUGAAGACCAAAUGGUUUUACUACACUAUACAGUGGGCCAAUCUAUCUCAGUUUUCUCUUAGAACUUCCUACAGUAGGCACAUUCUUCUAUUUAAGGUUUAUACUAUGUACAUGUAAAUAAUAAAUAUUUUUGAUUUAAUACAGUGUAUUUUAGUAUUAUACUAAAAGUCAUUGUGAAACCAACUUAUACCUUUUUACAUACUUAAUCUGGAAAAAUGUACUGUUAUCAAACAGCUUUGUAAAUGUAACAUAUCAGUUCUUGUAUAUUAUCUGCAGUCCAGAAUUGAAUGUUUAUUCUGACUGUUGUCUGGAAUGCAGUGAAUAACCUACUGUAUUUUUUUUAAAAUCAGAACCUGAUUCAUACUUUCUGCGGUACAAAAGUGGUAGCAGUCCUAAUCUUGCUAUAGUGCUAGAAAUCUUAUCUAACAUCUAUAAAAAUACAUUUAUAGUCAGAGUUAAAUUCACAGAUUGGGAUUUAAGUAGAUCUUGGUCCCAGUCCUAACAGGAUGUAAUAAAAGUACUUCCUCUUAAAUAACUUGGGUGUAAAUUAAUAUUAUGUUCUUGUUGCUGAAAGCUCCUGUCACCUCCAGUCAGUCGCAUCUUGCAAUACAUGUUCUUAAUUUCAGAUUUCAGACUCUAGGAAAAAGGCAUGACCAUGCAGAUUAACAAUUUGAGAUGCAAAUUUAUUCUUAAUUGAAACCCAUAUCCUUUUAGCUCAAAGUGUGUUUUAAAAAAACAGGGUAUUUUGGCUCCAGUAUGUUUUUCAUUGCCUUGGUAGACGAGUUGCAAAGCAUUCAGACCAAGCUUCCCCUCCUGUUCUUGGUAUUUGUAAACAUGUGAUGCAGCUAGUCCAGUAUGUGAAGAGGUCCAAAUUCUUAUUUCUUUUAAAACAAACAUUACUAAAUCUGAAGGCUCAAUCCAGCAGUUUGGGUUAUAAAAAAUAAGAAACCAAAUGGUAGCAAAACAAUAACCAGCAGAAAAAGUGUGUAUGUGUAUACACCUUUAACACCUCUUGUGUGAUAUGAAUGUACUCUUUUUUUCCUGUUUUUUUCCCUACUAUAUAAGUAUGGCAAGAGAAAUCAUGAAAAAGUACGAAUGCUUCUAUGAAUCAGGAAUCUGAAGUGUAUAGGAACUGUACAGAAAUAAAGCCAGUUUCUGCUGUUGUACAUAAAACAGAUUUAACUUGAAGGUUUUUAAUACUACCUGCCUGAAUGACAGAAUAGUGGGUAACUUUGUGCAGCCUGUGGAAUUGAACUCCACUGUUAAACUAAGCUGUGUAUGAGAAAGUAUUUUCUGUUUGAUCAUCCUAAGCAGCUCAUAACCUGAUUUCCCACCCUCAGCUUCUUAUAAGAGACAGCAAUAAAAUUCUUCCCCUCA